GUUGAUUGACUUCUUUAAAUCAAUGAUUAAUGAUAGAUUACAUACUAUAAAUCACCUUGUUAAAAGUUUGGCAGCACGUUUGGUAGCGUCUAAGUUAUAUUUUGUGUACAACUAAAUUUUUUAAGCAGUGAUGAUUUUGUAAACAAAUAUCAAAACCAUAUUAUCAACUUCUAGAGAAAGAGGACUCCUGUUUCAAAUGGUAUGAACCAAGAUGUCAAGUGUUCAUGAGAGGAAAGAGGUGUUAGAAUUAAUAGAAGAUGAGUUUAGACGAGAUUUGGCUAUUCAUUUAUAUUCGAUUGUAUUAUUAAAACGUAUAAAUCCUAAUUUUCCUAGAUCAACAUGGGGUAAUUGGCCAUUAUCAUUCCAGGAUGUUCCUAUACCGAAUAAUUGUUUGAAGUAUGAGGAUGAUAUUGUUGAUUCUGAUUAUUUUGUGAAUGAUGUUGAUAUUGAUGAAAAGAAUCGACAAUUUGAAAAGGAAGUUAUACGACAAGAAUAUGAAUCUAGAAAGAGAGUGUUUCAUAAAAGUCAUAUUAAAAGUGAAGUUAAUGAAGAGGAUUCCUUCAACCAGGUGAAUGGUCAUACUGAAGAUGAUGAACUUGAUCAAGCUGAAAGUGAAGAGGAUGAACAAAUCGAACAAGAUGAUAUCAAUGAACAAGCAGAUUUAUCAGUUAAUUACUUUGCCAAUCAAAUAUCUCAAGAUGAAGUAGAAGACUUUGUUUCUGAUAGCGAUAGUGAUGGAGAUAAUGAAAUUGACUUUUCCUUACCAAUAACUAAAGUUACAUAUACUGAGAAAACCAUCAAUGCUAAAUCAGCGUUAGUAAAUUGUCUUAAUUCACUUAUAGCAAAGAAAAUCAAUCAAAAAAUCCAAACUUUAAAAUCGGAAGCUAUAAUAAAUCCUAAUCUUGAUGUAUCUGAGAAUAUUGAAACUCAUAAGACUGUCAAUGAUUUAAGUUUCCAACUUGCUGGUAAAGUUAAUAAUUUGAUUGAAAGGUUGGAAGAUAAUAUUCAAGAAAAUAAACGUAUAAUAACGUGGCAGAAUGUAUUAUUAGAAGGGUUGCAAUUGGAGGAAAAACCUCAUAAUGUCAUUAAUAUAGAAAAGUAUAAACGGUUAUAUGACCAAUGUGAGGAUAUGUUUCAAAAUAUACGGUAUAAUUAUGAAUUGGAAGAAGACGAUGAAGAGGAGGAGGAUGAAGAAUCAAUUUCAUCAGAGUAUGCAAACGUCUUUACUCCUGAAGGUGGAUUUGAUGUGAUUCAAUACUUAGAAACUAUUAAAUACCAUAAAUCAAAUGUUAGUAAUCCUUUGUUUGAUGAUUUACCUCGUCUGUACCUUCAAUUCCGAAACUUCCAAGCCAAGAUUAACGAUGAUUUAAAGAGGAUUUAUAUGGAGAAAUUAAAAGUUCACGAAAAGUUACAAGUGAUAGAUUGGAGUAAAAAACAAAAGAAACGGAAGCAACGAAUUGAUAAGUUAAAAUCGCUUAAUGAGGAUUUAUCCAAUGUAUCUGAAGUUCAACAUGAUGCUAUCCACCAUGGUCCCAAUACGAUUGAUGAGAAUGAAUAUCUUCUCAAGAAUUACAUUGUAUGAAUAACUGGAAUACAUGAAUUGAUGUUAUAUAUUUAUAGAAUAGGGCCAUAGGAUGUAGUAUAUUAUUAAGAGGCACCUUGUCUGAUAUGUACUAUAUGGGUUAAUUUUUUUAAAAAAAAGG